ACAACGUCUGGCUUUUAUGGGUUGCACCUAACGCAAAGCUUGUUAGAGAGCCCGCUUCGCGCUCUCUUUCUCUCUCUCUCUCUCUCUCUCUCUCUCUACUUGGUACAGUUCAGUUCUCACGCUUCGCACUCUGAGCGAGCUAUGCGCCUCAGCUGAUCGAGUUUGACUUGGCAGCGGAAAAGAAAGAGUAGAGAGAGAGGCAGAGUUCUUGUUCUUAUUCUCUUGUAUCAUUCAAUCUCGUUGUGGGAAAACGAAAUCAGCUUGAGGAAUUCGAGUAUCGUUAGCUGCAUUUCAUCCGUUGAUACAUGCGAUGGAUCGGCGCAGUUGGCCUUGGAAGAAGAAGGCAUCUGAUAAGACAGCAGUUUCAACUGAUACUGUCGUUGCAUCCUUUCCUAAUUCAAAUGGACAUCAAAAAGAGAAGGAUGAUGCAAAGAAUGAAAAGUUUUUACAAAUUACUAUGGAGUCGUACACACAUCUUACUGGAUUGGAAGAUCAAGUCAAGGCCUUAAAUGAAAAGCUGAUAUCAGCACAAUCAGAGAUGUCUGCAAAGGACGAUCUAGUGAAGCAGCAUGCCAAAGUUGCAGAAGAGGCAGUCUCAGGAUGGGAAAAGGCUGAGAAUGAAGCUUUAGUUCUGAAACAACAACUUGAAUCUGUCACAUCGCUGAAGAUUGCUGCUGAAGAAAGAGCACUCCAUCUUGAUGGUGCUCUAAAGGAGUGCAUGAAACAAAUACGAAAUGUGAAGGAAGAAAGUGAACAAAAGUUACAUGAUGUGGUGUUUACGAAUACAAAACAGUGGGAAAAAGUCAAGGCUGAGUGUGAUGUGAAAAUCACCGCUUUUGAGCAAGAGCUACAAAAUGCAUUAGCUGAAAAUUCAGCACUUUCGAGAUCACUUCAAGAACGAUCUAGUUUGCUGAUGCAAGUUAGUGAAGAAAAAUCUCAGGCUGAGGCUCAAAUUGAAGUACUUAAUAAUGAUAUACUUUCAUGUGAAAGGGAAAUAAAUUCAUUGAAGUAUGAAUUUCAUGUCAUCACCAAAGAGCUGGAGAUUCGCAACGAAGAAAAGAACAUGAGUAUGAGAUCCACCGAAGUUGCAACCAAGCAACACUUGGAGGAUGUCAAAAAGAUUACAAAGCUAGAAGCUGAAUGCCAAAGGUUGCGAGGCCUUGUCCGAAAGAAACUACCAGGACCUGCUGCAUUAGCUCAAAUGAAACUAGAAGUUGAAAAUCUAGGCAGAGAAAAUGGGGAAAACAGGUUGCGGAGGUCUCCUGUGAACAGUUCUAGUCCUUACCAUAUUUCACCUUCUGAGUAUGCCUUGGAAAGUGUUCAGCAGGUUCACAAAGAUAAUGAGUUCCUCACUGCGAGAUUGUUAGCCAUGGAGGAAGAAAUGAAGAUGCUUAAAGAAGCCUUAUCAAAGCGCAACAAUGAGCUGCAGGCAUCAAGAAAUUUGUGCGCUAAACAAGCAAAUAAGCUUCGUAGCUACGAAACACAUAUGCUAGUUCUAAACCAACAAAAAGCAACUUCUAAACCACCUAUUGAUUGCCAUUUUGAAAAUGGAAGUAACUCACCUGGCUUGACCUCCAUAUCUGAAGAUGUUUUUGAUGAAAAUGGAAGUUAUUCAGGGUCUUUGUCUACUGCAUUAAUCUCAGAGUUCUCGCAUUUGAAGAAAGAGAAAAGUAUUGACAAAGCUCAUGUCGGUGGAAACUCAAAUCAUUUGGAACUUAUGGAUGACUUUUUAGAGAUGGAGAGAUUAGCAUGCUUAUCAACAAAGAACGGUGGUGAUAGCAACAUGGCUAAUGGUUUUAAAACUAAAAAUGCUGAGCCUAUCUCUUUGGUUUAUUCUAAAAAUGAAGGGGAUGGUAAGGAACAGAAAUGUGGAGAUCCUGAAUUAUUGAUGAAUUUGCCCACAGAACAUGCUUCAAAUGAAAAUCAGCUUCCGCACCUGAAACUUAAAUCAAGAAUAACUUGCAUAUUUGAGUCUCAAGCCCAUGACUCUACGAUGAAAAAUAUUAUAGAAAAUAUUAUGUAUGUUAUUCAGGAUGCACAGGAAGAGUUGCUUAAAGAAGAAAAUUUAUCAACAGCUAACUUGACUGAGCAAAAGUAUUGCCAUAAUGAUAUUCUGAAAAUUACAGCUGAUGGACCAUCUUUAAACCAAGUUGUCAAUUCAUGCUCUAAAGUUAAACACGUUGUUGACCAGCAAUUGAAGGAUGCCAUUUCCCAUAUUCAUGAAUUUUUUCUUUCAUUAGUUAAAGAUGCUGCAGAAACUCAAAAUAGUUCUGAUGAAUUUGUAGGUAUAGGUAAGAAAAUUGAUGAGCUUUCUGCCUCUGUAGACAGGAUAAUGUGUACAGAAGUAUGUCUGUAUGAUUUCAUUGUGGCUCUAUCGCAUGUACUAUGUGAAGCCAUUGAUCUUGGGUAUAAAAUUCGGAUAGUGAAGGAAAAUGAAGGGGAAAGUAAUAAUUCAGAUUGCAUAGACAAAGAAACUUUAUUAGAGAAUAAUGUGACUCAGCAUGGUCCAAUGAAAGAAAGCCCGUCAAGAUCUUCUUCGGUGGUUCCUGAUUCGUCCUUCAGUGCAGAAUUUGAAGGGUCCAUUGGUGUUGGAUUCGAAAUAAAGACCACAACACCAUCGCUCUCUCAGGUUAAUUUUGAGCGCUUGAAAUUGGAGAAAGAAAAAAUGGAGGUGGAUUUUGCUAAUUGCAAGGAAAUGCUAAGCCAAACAAGUUUUACUUUAGUAGAAACUGAGAAGCAACUUUCAGAGCUUAAAUCAGAGCUAGCUUCUUGUCAGAAGUCAAACAGUUUUGCUGAGACUCAGUUGAAGUGUAUGGUUGAAUCAUAUAAGAUUUUGGAAUCCCAAAAAGAAGAACUAGGGGCUGAAUUAGACCUUCUGCAUGCAAAAGCUGAAACUUUGAACAAUGAGCUGCAGGAGGAAAAGCAUUGUCACCAAGAAGAUAUCGCUAAAUACGAAGAACUUAAAGAGCAGAUAGAACGGAACAUGAAGUGGUCAACAUGCUCAUUACCUUCAAGUGUAGAUAAUUCAAAGACCCAACAGGAAAUAGAUAUAGCUGCAGCUGCAGAGAAGCUAGCUGAAUGCCAGGACACUAUUUUUCUUCUUAGCAAACAACUGCAAUCAAUGCGUAGUCCGGCAGAACCAAUGGACUCUUCUCCGAACCGGAGACCGCGGCUUGGUGAUGUCAUGAAAGAUGAAAAAGAUGCAGGUACCUUGAACACUCAAGGCUUGUUGUAUGGCCUGCAGCUUUCAGAUCAAGGGGACCAAACAUUGCAAACUGGCGGAGAGUCUCCAUUAAAUCCAUACAACUCCCGCAUGAGCCAAUCUGACUCAGAGCCAAGCCCCUUCACUAAGUCACCUAUCAGCACAAAACACCAAAGUAAUAAGAGCCAUAGGUCAUCUUCUUCAUCAUCUGCAGGAGAGAAACUAGGCCGAGGAUUUAGCAGAUUCUUCUCCAGAGAUAAGAACGAGCAGUAAAUCAUUAUAAACUUCUUCCAAAGGAAAACAAUCCGUGACUCAUUUAAAUUGGUCCCAAGUAGUGAAGUAAUAAGAAGCUUGUGGAAUAAAAGUUGGCUUUGAAGUCCAGCGAUUUUUGAGUGGAAAGAAGAAUAAUUGUUUACUUUGUAAAUUCUUCGCUGUUGAUUCUGUUUGAUAAUGCUGGGCUGCUUGCUGCCACCAUUGCUGGGUUCUUAAAUUGCCUUGUUGGUUGCUACGAGAUGGGCCUGACUUCCUGGAGGUCUUAUUAUUUUUUCAUAUAUAGAAGGCUAUCUUUUGUUUUGAAUUUCGCCAUAUAGAAUGUAUUCAAUGUUUUUUUUUCUUUUUAAAUAUUCAGUUGUUACUGUACAGUAAACAUAAGAAUUGUUCUCUAUGGUGUUCUUUGUUUUGCUAACAUUUUGUUAAUAAAAUGUGUUCAUGUUAUUUCA